AUGCACCCGACGCAUCUCGCCAAGGUGAGGGAGUGGGCCACGAAGGAACUGCUCCACACCGCCAACCCGCAGGAGAUGGAGAUCCUUCUGCAGGAGAAGGUCCGCUGCCUCGCCCCCGCGGAUCAGCGAGCGCUGGUGCGGCAGCUCCUGCACUUGGGGGGCCUGGACGAAGGCACCAAGCACCCGGAGCUGCAACUGGCUGAGAGCCACCUGGGACCACUCAGCGCCAAGGCGGAGGAUCCCUUUCGUGCGCUGGCGCAUUCGCUGCAUCUCACUGCGCGGCAACUGGCGGCGCUAACGGCGUUGGAUCUGCGACGGUGCAAGCUGCUGCCGAAGUCUGGCCAGCUACUGGAGCGGUGCAUGCAAUGCCUGGAGCAGCAGCAGCCGCUGCCCCCGGAGAGCGGCACCUGGCCGGAGGUUCAGGAAGUCCUGGAGGCCGUGGUGCGGGCGGUGCCCCUGCAUGUGGAGCUGCAUGAGCUGAGCAACCUAGGAGAGCCCCGGGUCUUCUCGCCCAAGGUGUCGCAGAACCGCAAGGCGAAGCGCGUGGAGGACAUGAGGGUGAAGCUGAUGUACUUGCCCGCCAGCAAGUCGCUUCACGCCGCAGCCCAGAAGACUGCGCCGCAGGAGCGACGCAUCGCCCAAAAUGCAAAUUUGCACACCGUCCGCUCUGUGCAACCAGCUUGGUGA